AUGGAAUGUAAAAGUUAUCAUGAAAAGAAAGGAAUUCCUUUCAAAAAAUUAUGGAAUUGGCCACCAGUUCAAAUCUUUAUUGGUAUAUGGACAGUAGCUGAUAAGUUUGAAAUUCGAAAUCUUAUACGAACAUUAAAUAUAAUACAGAAAAUGAAUUUGGUUGGUGAUAAAGUGGAUUUCAAGUUUAUUCUUGGUAUACCACCUGAAUUUACUCCUGAAUUAGAAUCUCAAUUAUCCAUAGAAAAUAAUACCUAUGGUGACCUUAUAAUGCUGAAUAAUAUAGAGAAUAUGAACCAUGGCAAGUCAUAUUAUUAUUGGAAGUGGGUUGCAGAGUAUUCUGACAUGCAAUACGAUUAUGUUAUAAAAACUGAUGAUGAUGCAUUUGUACAUUUUCAAAAUCUGGCUCUUAACCUUCGUCCAUUGCCAAGAAAAAAUUUGUAUUAUGGAUUAGAAAAUCGUGAUAUCUUUAUGUAUGGAGAACUUGAGACUCUUUCAGUAGAUCAGGUCUACAUGAUCGCCACCUCUUCAUUCAAUCAAACCGAAUGGUAUGGACAUGAAGAUCGGAUGUUGGGAUCCUGGUUGCUUAAUCAUGUGAAUUCAACUCUAAUUCGAAUAUCAGAAAAUUGUUUAAUUUUUAAUGAUCCAAGAACUAAAAAUCGGUUUAGUAGGAGACCAUGGGCAUCACCAAACUUGAUCGUCAUACAUCGGAUAAAAGAAAUUUCUGCAUGGAAAAGUGUCAUUGAUUUAUAUAUUCCGAAAAUUAUCAGUAACAAAUUUUUUUCAGAAUUUUAG